AAAUUUCACUAAAAAUUGUCGAAAAACCUGAAGACAGAAAAUUAAUUAGUAAAAUCCAGAAGAACAGAAAAAACUCUCCAACAACACAAUUAAACUUACCAGAAAGCCAGAAUACUAGGGGAGACCACAAGAAAUUUUAUCAGAAAUCAUCGAAAGACCUGAAGACAAUGAAAAUUAGUAAAAUCCAGAAGUACAGGAAAAAAACAAACAAUAAAAUUGCUGGAAAGCCAGAAGACCAGGGGAGACCACAAGAAAUUUCAACAGAAAUCACUAAAAACCUUAAAGACAAUGAACUUCCUUCAUAA